AUGUCUUCGUCGAGGCCAGAUCAGUACGUAGUCCAUCAUUUCACCCACAUCCAUCCAUUAACGAAGGUUGACGGAUAUAGCGAGUUCACAUGCGGUGGCUGCAAAACUUAUGGCUUUGGGAAGACCUACCGUUGCUCCUCGUGCGACUACAAUCUACACGAACACUGCGCUAAGUGCCUUCCUACCAUCCUCAGCUUCAUGCAUCCACAACACGAGCUCCAACUAGUUUUUAGAGGACCAGAGCAAACGCACCAUGAAAAACGAAUGUGCGACAUCUGCGACGAACCAGUCGAAGGGCUCUUUUACCAAUGCCAUCCUUGUGGCUUCGACGUCCAUCCACUCUGUACACAGCUGCCUCAGCACGUGAGACACGUGCCUCACCCCGCCCAUCUUUUAGAGCUGAGUCGCUGGGGAGCGAGCAGCACGUGCAUGGUUUGCAGCGGUGCAAUCAGGUCUUGGCGGUACAAGUGUGGGCCAUGUGGUUUAGAUGUUCACAUGGAAUGUGUUAAUACAUCUGCAGCAUCAGUAGCAACAAUUCAGCAGAGGUGUUAUGGGUCACAACCGUAUUAUCAUCCUUCUCAGUAUUACCAGCCUUAUUACAAUCAUGGAAAUGCAAACCAUCAAGGUCGGGUUGAUCAAGAGUCCACUCCGAGCAUAGGAAGAAGAAUGUUUGGCGUUUUAAUGGCUCUAACCGUUGGGGUUGUCUGCAAUAUUGUCGCUGGGCCGGUCUCUGGUGCCUUUACUGGCGGCUUCUAA